AUGUGGUUUGCUGCAGUCAACUCGGCCGUGCAGCUCGCAAGUAUGGUUUGCUUCCCAAACGGCUUCCAGCUCCAAAUUGACUUGCCACUUGCUGAUCCUGGACUGCUAGAACGAGCUGCCGACGAGACCGACUCUGAAGGCCCCGACUCGUCCGCCGAGAAGGAGAUCUACGCAUCAUGGGCCAUCUUCAUUCUGAUCAUGCUGCUCAUCGUGGCCUUCUUCACCAGCUACACGCUGCAGCGGAUGAAGGUCACGGCCGUGCACGAGACGGUGGUGUCCAUCUUUGCUGGCAUGAUUGUCGGGCUCGUUCUUCGCCUGAGUCCGGGCGAUAACAUCCGCGAUCUGGUGAGCUUCGACUACCAGAUCUUCUUCAACCUGCUUCUGCCGCCCAUCAUCCUCUCGUCGGGCUACGAACUGCAUCAAGGCAACUUCUUCCGCAACAUCAGCACAAUCCUGACGUUUGCGUUUGCCGGCACGUUCCUCUCGGCCAUUGUGAUCGGCGUGCUCCUCUGGCUGUACACGCAGCUGCCGCUGGAGAGCCUGACGAUGGAUUGGAUUGACGCAAUCUCGGUGGGCGCCACGCUCUCGGCCACAGACCCGGUCACAAUCCUGGCUAUCUUCAAUUCGUACAAGGUGGAUCCGAAGCUGUACACGAUUAUCUUUGGCGAGUCGAUCCUCAACGACGCCGUGGCCAUUGUCAUCUUCGAGUCGGCACAGAAGUCCAAGAACGGGGCGGCCAGCUCGUCCAGCAUCGUCAGCCUGCUCAAGGUCGUCGGCAUCUUCCUCAAGGACUUCUUUGGUAGCCUGAUCAUCGGUGCGCUGGUCGGCAUCGUGGCCGCCCUCUGCCUCAAGUACACCUACGUCCGUCGUUAUCCCAAGAUCGAGGGCUGCCUGAUUGUGCUUAUUGCCUAUGCGACCUACUUUUUCUCCCAGGCCAUCAAGAUGUCGGGUAUCGUAUCCCUUCUGUUCUGCGGCAUCACGCUCAAACACUACGCCUACUUCAACAUGUCGCGCCGCACGCAGCUGUCGACCAAGUACAUCUUCCAGGUGUUGGCUCAGCUGUCGGAGAACUUUAUCUUUAUCUACCUGGGGGUGUCACUCUUCACGGAAAAGGACCUGCAGUACCAGCCGCUGCUGAUCAUCGUGACGGUGAUUGCUGUGUGCGCGGCGCGCUGGGUGGCCGUGUUCCCGCUGUCGUGGGCGAUCAACCGGAUCACGCACUACCGGCAGCGGCGGCGCGGCAUCAUGAACGCGCCGGACGAGCUGCCGUACAACUACCAGGCGAUGCUCUUCUGGGCCGGGCUGCGCGGAGCGGUGGGCGUGGCGCUGGCGGCGCUGCUGACGGGCAAGGACACAUAUGCGCUCAAGGCGACGGUGCUGGUGGUGGUGGUGCUGACGGUGAUCAUCUUUGGCGGAACGACGGCGCGGAUGCUAGAGAUUCUGGGCAUCCGAACGGGUGUGGUGGACGAGAUGGACUCGGACGACGAGUUUGACAUUGAGCCGAUCGGCAACGGCGCAUAUGCAAAGCAGUCGGGCAGCGGCUUUGGCUACGAUCCAACGCGUGUUGCCGGCGUCGGUGGAGCGGCUGCGAGCUCGUCGAUGCCGUUGGACCGGAUUGGACGACACGCAAACGGCAGCAACAGCAGGGGUGGCAGCAGAGAUGGAGGUGGUGGUGGCGGUGGUGGUGAUGGUGGAAACAACAACAGCUGGACGACAGGCAUGCGACCAUCGCAUCCUGGACUAGCAAACGGCAGCAGCGGAAUCGUGGAGCGGCCGUCGAGUCUGAGCCGGAAGAACUCGCUGCGCGAUCUCGACGCGGCCGAACAGGCCGAGCUGCUGGGCACCGCAGCCAGCGCGACCAACUCAGAGGUGGGCAGCGACAUUGACACGUCCGACUUGCCACCGCCGGCGCCGUGGAGACGGCCGAGUCCGUUGCCGCCAGGACAGACCAGGGGGCCCGGUGCAGGUGACAGCAGCAGCGGCAGCAGUGGUGGUGCUGCUGCAGGGGGCAUGACGGCCUCGGCGGCUUUCCGGCAGCUGUUCAGCACAGAGGACGCGUCUGCGCUGCUGCAGCAGCUUGACGAGGACUAUAUCAAGCCGAAGCUGCUGCUGGACGGUGGCAACGGCCGGGGCAACGGCGGGUCGCCGGUAUAG